UGCCUGCGUCAGAUGAUUUUCUCCAAUGGCUAAAGGUGACUGAAUAUUAGUUGCUUCGGCAUCGUCCUAUCGGCAAGGGAAGAGAUGAUGGACGACUCCGGCGGUGUCCAAAUGGCGAGGGCGCUGAAACACGCAGCCCUGUGCCUGAUGCUGCUGCCCCGGUUCCUGCUGGCCGCCGUCAUGCUGUGGCUCCUGGACUUCCUGUGCAUCAGGAGGAAAGUGCUGCUGAAAAUGGGCGAGCGUCAGGACGGCCCGGACGACCCGCCGGUCUGCGUCUCCGACUCCAACAAGAUGUUCACCUGGGAGUCCCUCAGGGCCGUGUGGCACGGCCAGAAGCUGGACUUUCUCAAAUCGGCGCACCUCGGGGAGGCUGCCCCCAACACCGAGGUGGUGCUGGUCCAGGAGCGGCGGCAGGUCCGGAUCCUGGACUGCACGAAAGGGAAGAGACCGCUCGUCCUCAACUUUGGCAGCUGCUCCUGACCGCCGUUCAUGACGCGCCUGGCGGCGUUCCAGCGCGUCGUCAGGCAGUACGCGGACAUCGCGGACUUCUUAGUUGUGUACAUCGAGGAGGCGCACCCGUCGGACGGCUGGGUGAGCUCCGACGCGCCUUACCAGAUCCCCAAGCACCGCUGCCUGGAGGACCGGCUGAGAGCCGCGCAGCUGAUGUUCACCAAGGUGCCAGAGAGCAACGUGGUGGUGGACAACAUGGACAACUCGUCCAACGCCGCUUAUGGAGCCUACUUUGAGAGACUUUACAUCGUGAUGGACGAGCGGGUGGUGUACCAGGGCGGGAGGGGUCCGGAGGGCUACCGGAUCUCAGAGCUGAAGAACUGGCUGGAGCAAUACAGGAAAGAGGUGAUGGACCCCCAGACGGCGGUGCUGUGUGUGUAGCCGAACCCGCCCUGCUGCUCUGCCCUCCGCUUUAGUGUCCAAACCCACAGUGCAAAAUAUCCAGAUGCUGCUAUCAAACGUUCACACAUGGCACAUUAUAUAUAUGAAUAUUAUAUAUAUGUUGUUUCUCUUGCAUUAAGAUGUUCAGGACUGACACAGAUAGAGGUUCGGUUUAAGUUGACACCUUUAGCCUAUAGAUUGUAGGCUGUUAAACUGUGUUGUCAUGACUUUAAAUUGAUUUUGUUUGUUUGUUUGUUUGUUUUGUUUUUGUUUUUGUAUGAAAAAAGCAUUUGAAUUAAUUGAAGCUAGGUUCAGUUGGUGACCACUAUUUUUCUAUUUUGAGUGCGUGUGGGUGGUGUGCGCGCGCGUGCGUGCGUGCGUGUGUGUGUGUGUGCGUGGGUGUGUGUGUGUGUGUGUGUGUGUGAAGGAGCGUGCAUUCAGCUUAAUAUCUCACUCUGGCGUCUGUGUGAAGUUCGGUUUUUAAAAGGCGCAUCCAGAAAACCGACACUGAUGUUUCUGACACUGGAAGCAGAGCAAUAUCAGCUGGAUGCUCGCUCCCUCUGUGGUUCACUGCCAAACGACGUGAUGUUGAAAACGAUGUAACUAAAAAAAUGUGUUUUUUACAAAAAAAAAAAAAAAAAAAAGUGAAAUGAAAUAAAACUCAUAUCAGAUGAAAGGUGGGGAGACACCUUAAAGUUAUUUAUUUUGUUUAUAUAUCUAUAUAUAAAAGUGUGUCGCUUCGAAUGAGCGUCUUGUCCUUUAACUGGACCACUGAAAACCUAGAAAGGUUUUAAUCCAAACUGGGGUUAUCAAACGUGUGGUCCGUGUGCCUUUUGUGGUCUUAUGGGUGACUUUUGUGCGGCCCACACACACAAAAUAAAGUACGGUGGAAUUUA